AUGGGGACUUGGAUUUUGUUUGCCUGCCUCCUGGGAGCAGCCUUUGCUAUGCCUCUACCACCUCAUCCUGGGCACCCUGGUUAUAUCAACUUCAGCUAUGAGGUGAUUACCCCUUUCAAGUGGUACCAGAACAUGAUAAGGCAGCCGUAUCCUUCCUAUGGUUACGAACCCAUGGGUGGAUGGCUGCACCACCAAAUCAUCCCUGUGCUGUCUCAACAGCAUACCCCGAGUCACACCCUUCAGCCUCAUCACCACAUCCCAGUGGUGCCAGCUCAACAGCCCGUGGCCCCCCAGCAGCCAAUGAUGCCAGUUCCUGGCCACCACUCCAUGACUCCAAACCAACACCACCAGCCAAACCUCCCUCCACCUGCCCAGCAGCCCUUCCAGCAGCCCUUCCAGCCCCAGUCCAUUCAGCCACAGUCUCACCAGCCCAUCCAGCCUAUGCAGCCCAUGCAGCCCAUGCAGCCCAUGCAGCCCGUCCAGCCCCAACCACCUCUGCACUCCCUGCAUCCCCUGCCACCACAGCCACAUCUGCCUCCGAUGUUCCCCAUGCAGCUGCCCCCCCUUCUUCCUGAUUUGCCUCUGGAAGCUUGGCCAGCAACAGACAAGACCAAGCGGGAAGAAGUGGUGAGUAUACACUGA